CCACCCCCAAGCACCCAGAGUAUGCAGAGCACCCAGCCAACCCGCCCGCCUCCGUCAUGUUUCAUUUAUUACGUCCGCGAGCUUCCUGCCUGCCGCCUGUAAUACUUCCUCCGAGCUCCCUCUUCCUCCCAAACUCAUCCAACCUUCCAUCACCACCCUCUUCUUCCUCCGCCAUCUUUACUUUCUCCCCCUCCCCAUAAUCAUCUCUUUUCAUCUUAUCUGUAUUCGAUUUCAUUAUCAGAGCUCAUCAAUCGAGCUGUUUUCGCCCAUCAUGAGGUUCUCAACCUCCGCCCUCGUCCUCGGCGCGGCCUCCACCGCCCUUGCCUUGGACCAGCAAGUCCUCGGCGGCCAGGAUAGCCCCUUUGACUCCAUCAAGACCACCGGCGAGAACUGGCUCUCUGCCUUUGAGGACAAGUUUGGCAAGAUGACCUCUGAGGCCAAGGCCGUCUGGGACGAGAUCACCCUCCUCGCCCCCGAGGCCGUUGAGUCCUUCAAGAAGACUACCCAGGCCACCAAGCCCAAGCCUCACCACCGCAAGUCCGACAAGAAGUGGGAUCACGUCGUCAAGGGCGCCGAUGUCCAGAGCAUGUGGGUUGAGAAGGAUGGUCAGCAGCACCGCAAGAUCGCCGGUGACCUCAAGAACUUCAACCUUCGCGCCAAGAACGUCGACCCCGCCGCUCUCGGCGUCGACAAGGUCAAGCAGUACAGCGGCUACCUCGAUGAUGAGGAGAACGACAAGCAUCUCUUCUACUGGUUCUUCGAGUCCCGCAACGACCCCAAGAACGACCCCGUCGUCCUUUGGCUCAACGGUGGCCCUGGCUGCUCUUCUUUGACCGGUCUCUUCAUGGAGCUCGGCCCUGCUUCCAUCGACAAGAAGCUCAAGAUUGUCAACAACGAGUGGUCGUGGAACAACAACGCCUCCGUCAUCUUCCUUGACCAGCCCGUCAACGUCGGCUAUUCCUACUCUGGUUCCUCCGUCUCCAACACGGUCGCUGCCGGCAAGGACGUCUACGCUCUUCUCUCCCUCUUCUUCCACCAGUUCCCCGAGUACUCCAAGCAGGACUUCCACAUUGCUGGCGAGUCGUACGCCGGCCACUACAUCCCCGUCUUCGCCUCUGAAAUUCUUUCCCACGAGGAUCGCAACAUUAACCUGAAGAGUGUCUUGAUCGGCAACGGUCUCACUGACGGCUGGACCCAGUACGGGUACUACCGCCCCAUGGCUUGCGGCGAGGGUGGCUACAAGGCUGUUCUCGAUGAGGGCGAGUGCCAGGCCAUGGACAAUGCUCUCCCCCGUUGCCAGAGCUUGAUCAAGAACUGCUACGACUCUGGCAGCGUCUGGUCUUGUGUCCCCGCUAGCAUCUACUGCAACAACGCCCUCAUCGGCCCCUACCAGCGCACCGGCCAGAACGUCUACGACAUCCGUGGCAAGUGCGAGGACAGCAGCAACCUCUGCUACUCUGCCCUUGGCUGGAUCAGCGAGUACCUCAACCAGGACGAGGUCAAGGAGGCUCUCGGUGCCGAGGUCGACAGCUACGACAGCUGCAACUUUGACAUCAACCGCAACUUCCUCUUCGCCGGUGACUGGUUCCAGCCCUUCCACCGCAUCGUUCCCAGCCUUCUCGAGAAGAUCCCCGUUCUUAUCUACGCUGGCGAUGCUGACUACAUUUGCAACUGGCUCGGCAACCGUGCCUGGACCGAGGCUCUUGAGUGGCCUGGCCAGAAGGGUUUCAACAAGGCCGAGGUCAAGGGUCUUACCGUUGGCAAGGGUGAGGAGUACGGAAAGGUCAAGUCCAGCGGCAACUUCACCUUCAUGCAGUUGUACGGCGCCGGACACAUGGUCCCCAUGGACCAGCCCGAGGCCUCGUCCGACUUCUUCAACCGCUGGCUUGGCGGUGAGUGGGCUGCGUAA